UUCUUGGAUGCACCAGCUGGGAGUCAGAGAGGGCAGUUGCCCAGUCUGCUGCCUAGUGGCUUGCCCGCUGGCCUAGCUGCAGAGUAGAAGUCCCCGCAGGAGCCACAGCCCGCCAGGCACUGGGAUGGGGCUGCUCCGCUGGCUGCCUCUGUUCACGCAACUGGUGGUGCUGUGGCUGCCGGAGUCCUGGGCCAAGGACAGCAUUAGGGUCUUUGUGGUGCCCCACAGCCACAUGGACGUGGGCUGGCUCUACACGGUCCAGGAGAACAUGCAUGCCUACGUGGCCAACGUGUACGCCUCGGUGGUGGCGGAGCUGACCCGCCGCAGGCAGCACUGCUUCAUCGUUGUAGAGCAGGAGUACUUCCGGCUGUGGUGGGACGGCAUCGCCUCGGACACGCAGAAGCUCCAGGUUCACCAGCUUGUGGCCCAAGGACGCCUGGAGUUUGUCAUUGGAGGCCAGGUCAUGCACGAUGAGGCUGUGACCCACUUUGAUGACCAGAUCCUGCAGCUCACAGAAGGACAUGGCUUUCUCUAUGAAACAUUUGGGAUCCGGCCGCAGUUCUCCUGGCAGGUCGACCCAUUUGGAGCAUCUGCCACGACACCCACCCUGUUUGCCUUGGCGGGGUUCAACGCCCAUGUCAUCUCCCGGAUCGACUACAACCUGAAGAACGACUUGCAGAAGGCUCAGGGGCUGCAGUUCGUGUGGCGAGGGUCCCCGUCCCUGAGGAAGAGGCAGCAGGAAAUCUUCACGCACGUCCUGGACAGAUACAGCUACUGCUCAAAUGUAGGGUUUUUCUGGGAAGGUGUGGCCAAGUUCCCAAACCCACCCAGUGACGGGAAGUACCCCAGGAUGGCUGAGCCUGUCACUGCCUACAGCAUCAACAUGUACACGGAUAUCCUGUUCAACCAGGCAAAGUUGCGGGCCACCUGGCUCCAGACCCCGAACGUCCUCUGGCCCUGGGGGUGUGACAGGCAGUUUUUCAACGCUACGAUACAGUUUAACAACAUGGACGUCUUGCUGAACUACAUCAACAGGCAGGCGUCCAAGCUGGGCGUCAGGGUGGAGUACGCCACGCUGAGCACCUACUUCCGCGCGGUGCGUGCUACCCAAACCGCCUGGAGCGUCCGCGGCCACCAGGACUUCCUGCCCUACUCCUCAGAGGUGCUUCAAGCCUGGACCGGCUUCUACACCUCCCGCCCCAAGCUCAAGGCGCUGGCGAGGCAGGCCAGCUCGCUGCUGCACGCCGCGGAGUCCAUGUUCACACGCUACAUGUGGCCUGCCCCCCGUGCGCACCUGGACCCCAGCUGGGCCCUGAAGCAGCUCCAGCAGCUCCGCUGGGCAGUCUCCGAGGUCCAGCACCAUGAUGGCAUCACUGGGACCCAGGCCACCAAGGUGCAGGACAUGUUCGUGGAGCACCUGAGGUCAGGGAUGCAGGAUGUCCUCCAGCUGAUGGUGUCCAUCAUCUUGAAUGGGACCCACGUCCAAAAGGGCCCAAGGCCCAAGGGACACUUCUUUGCCGUGGUCUACAACCCCCUGGCCUGGACGGUCACCACGUUCAUCAACCUGACUGUGGGCUCUCCUAAGGUCAUGGUCACAGAUAAGACAGGCCACCCCGUUGACAUACAGAUCCAGAAAUCGAAGGAGAUGCCACCUAAAUAUGACCUGUAUGUACUGACCACAAUCCCGGGCCUCAGUUACCAGCACUAUAGUAUCAGGCCCAUCAAGGAGGCCGAGGAAGACAAUAAAAUAACAGAUUCCACUAAGACUUUCACCUCCAAGUUUGACCUCAGUCUAAGGAGACAGACUGGGCCCAGGAGCAAGCGCCUGGUGCUUGUGAAGAAUGCGUGCUACACUGUCUUCCUAGACCAGGUCACGAACCUGAUGCAUAGCAUCUGGGAGAGUCACAGUAACCGGACGGUCAGUGUGACCCAGGACUUCCUGGAGUACCAUGUCAAUGGCAGAAUAGCUUUUGGCCCCGUUUCUGAUAACUACGUGUUUAUGCCUAAAUAUCAAGCGAAACCAGCGUGGGAGGCGGUGAGGAUGGAGAUCGUACGUGGGACUCUCAUGACUGAGAUCCGGCAGUACUUUUACAGGGUAGUCAGUGACAAGGAUCCCAGAUACGCCAUUUACACCCGCCUGUUCCACGUGCCGCAAGGCUACGACGGGGACACGCUCUGCCACCGCAUAGAGCAGCAGUACCAGGUGGGCCCCUUGGAGCAGAACCGCGAGGCCAUCCUGAGGAUCAGCACUGAUCUGCGGAGCCAGCAGGUCCUCUACUCGGACAGCAAUGGCUACCAGAUGCAGCGCAGGCCCUGGCAGAACUACACCAACAACCGCAUCUCUCAGAAUUACUACCCCAUGGUUCAGUCGGCCUACAUCGAGGACGCCACGAGCAGGCUGGUGCUGCUGUCGGAGCAGCCGCACGGCGUGUCCAGCCAGGGGGAAGGACAGGUGGAGGUCAUGCUUCACCGGCGGCUGUGGAACGACCUGGAUCUGUCCCUGAUCCAUGAUGUCUCACUGAACGACGACUCGGUUGUCUCCCCGGUGUUCUGGCUCCUGCUGGGGCCCCAGUUGCUGACCACUCGCUUGCGCCAGUGGAGUGGGGUAGCCCUGCAGCACAGGCCGGUGGUGGUGUCCAAAGCCCUGACUGACGUAAACCUAAAUUGGUCAAGCCUCCAUCAGCAAGAGGCGGUGACGCUGCCCUCGAGACUUCACCUGCAGAUCCUGAGCAUCCCCGGCUGGAACUACAGCUCAAACCAUACAGAGCACCUGAAGAACGUCAAGACAGGCCAUCGAGGGAAGGCCAAGGCUGACCUCCACCGUGUCCUGCUGCGGCUCCACCACCUGUAUGAGGUGGGGGAGCACUCGUUCCUGUCUCAGCCAGUGACAGUGAAUCUGAAGACCUUGCUCCGGGGGCUGGGCACCGUGGAGGCCGUGGAGGAGCGCUCGCUCACGGGGACCUGGGAUGUGAGGAAGCUGCAACGCUGGAAAUGGAGGACGGUGGACCAAGGUGACCACAGCUCCCUGCCCAGACCCCGUCGAGGCACCGUGGUCACCAUCUACCCCAAGGAGAUCCGGACAUUCUUCAUUCACUUUCAAAGAAGUGAGCUCACAGCAGAUCCUGUGGGCCCAGGGCUGCCCGGGGACCACAGAAAAAUAAACGGAACCCAGGACUCAGAGAAGCAGUGAAGCCGGGCAAGGGAGGGCAGCUGCCGUCCGUGGCUGCCGGCAGGAAGUGGUCGGGCUGGGGUUGCUUGUUUUUUGAAAUAAAAGCUGCGUUAUAAUGACCCGUUUCUUCUCCUCGGCCUCUAGCACCAGCCCCCUCCUCUCCUGUCGCCUGCUGA